UAACCAUGACGUCAUGGCGUGUCCCCCCUACCCCGGAAAGGGCUGGCUGAGGCUGCGCGCGCAGCGGGCGGGAGAUAGGAAAUAACAAUAACGCCCGAACCUGCCGCUCCGGCGGUAGAAAUGUCUCGGAGAGGACGCAGUGAUGACUGGGAGGAUGUGCAGUAUCAGGACACUGACUCUGAUGUUCCGGAGCACAGAGAGAACCGCGUCAAGGUGAAAUGGACCCUGGAGGAGGAUGAGACACUAAAAACCUUGGUGAGAACGUAUGGACAGGGAGAAUGGAAGACAAUAGCCACGCAUAUGGUUAACCGAACUGAACAGCAAUGUCAGCACAGGUGGCAACGUGUACUUCACCCUGAUCUAGUCAAAGGCCCAUGGACUAAGGAGGAGGAUGAAAAGGUAAUAGAGUUGGUGAAGAAAUAUGGAACUAAACACUGGACUCUGAUUGCCAAGCAGUUGAAGGGCAGGAUGGGUAAGCAGUGCCGUGAGCGCUGGCACAACCAUCUUAACCCGGAAGUGAAGAAGUCGUCCUGGACGGAAGAGGAAGAUCGCAUUAUUUGUCAGGCACACAAAUUGCUGGGAAACCGUUGGGCUGAAAUAGCAAAGUUACUCCCUGGAAGAACGGACAAUGCAGUGAAGAAUCAUUGGAACUCCACCAUCAAGAGGAAAGUGGAGACAGCCGGGUACAUGAACGGACAGAAGAGCAGUGUCGCUGGUGAUCAGGAGGAGCGGGAUGACUCUACCUCUCAGACUGUUGUGGAGAAGAGCGAUCUAUGUUUGGUACCUCAGGAUGAGGCAGAUGUAAAAGAGCCUGUCGCUUCCUCUGAAAUAAUAGAAGUAAAUAUAACUGAAGUUAAGUCAGAGGUGCAUAGCGAAGGUGAAGAGGAAGAUAGUGCUGGAUCCAGCCCCUCAUCUGCUGUCGCUUCUGUGAGCUCGGGGCCAGAGAAGUGGAUGGUGGAGUAUGUCAACUACCUAGUGCCCAACAAUGACAUGAUUGAAUCUGACACUGAUGGCUGGUGUGACUUAUCUUCAUUUGACUUGGUAGAUGACUCUGCUGUCAGUGAUGUUGGAAGCCCCACACAAGCUUCCUCUAACUCUACAAAGGCCAUGGCAGGCAAUGUUACAGAAUACCGACUGGAUGGGCAUACCCUGUCUGACCUGAGUAAGGGCAGCAAGGGUGAACUGAUUCCUAUCUCUCCACGUCCACAAGGCAUCUUUGGAACUCCACCAUCCCUGCUUAAACACAAAAAGAGGAAAAUAACAUUGUCACCUGUUACAGAAAGCACUGCCAACAGCAGCACUUCCACAACAGAGGGAAAUAGUAUGACUCCGAAGAGCACUCCUGUCAAAUCUCUGCCCUUCUCUCCUUCUCAGUUUUUGAAUUUCUGGUCAAAACACGAUGCCUUAGAGCUGGAAAAUCCAUCUCUGACGUCAACACCUGUCUGCAGCCAGAAGGCUGUGGUGACCACCCCCCUCCACCGGGACAAGACGCCACUGCUGCAAAAGAAUUCAGCAUUUGUCACUCCAAACCACAAAUUUAUGGGAGACAAUGCACCUCACACACCUACACCAUUUAAAAAUGCAUUGGAAAAGUUUGGCUCAAGGCCAUUGCCCCCUACUCCUCACCUGGAAGAAGAUCUGAAGGAAGUCCUGCGAAGCGAGUCGGGAAUUGAGCUGAUUAUUGUAGAUGAGCCAAACUACGAUCGCCAUAAAAGGAAACCUGGGCACUCGCAUAGUCCCAUCAAGAAAGUGCGCAAGUCCCUGGCUUUGGAUAAUAUUGUAGACAAGGAAAUUAAGCAUCCCACAUUGUCUCUCUCAUCUGCUUCACAUAUACAGACGCAGAGCUGCGAGAGCUUCCUGUCCAUAUCUCUGAAUGAGUCUUCAUGCAGCAGCAAGGAGGAAAACAGUCUACUGAACCAGGGAUUUGUCCAGGUCAAGUCGGGAAAAGGAUCUUAUAUGCUUGGGGACACCUCACACACUGACAUUGGAGAGCUGGUUAAAACGCACGAGUCUGCUUUUCACAGAGCUGGCACAGCCAUGCCAAUAAAGACUGAGCCUGCUGCUCAUGUAGCCAUAGACGCUUCUUCCUGUAUGUUGGUGGACAUGGACAAAGUAGUGAGAACAUCACUUAAUAAAAGCAAAGCUGCAAGUCUGAACGCUGAUACAGAUGUAACAGUAAAGACCGAAAAGGAGACGGUGGCGAAGAUGGAGAAACUCAGGAUUCCAGAACCGAUGAGUCAUGCUUGGAAGAUCAUUGCUUUUGGUGGCUCCAAGGACCAGCUGCUCAUGCAAGAAAAAGCGCGAGCAAUCCUGAACGUGUACAGGCCCAGCGCUGCUUCUCGGACCCUCAUCCUGUCUUGAUAUUUCCAUUAAACAUUAUGUGUGCUAUAGAGGACGUGUCCAUCCUUACCCUAGAUAGGCUGAGAAAUUCCACAGGAUUGCCGUCAUGCGGUUGCCGCAGUUGACUUGACUGCAUUUGUACAUUCGCAAGAGAUGACAUUGCAUAAAAGUUGAAAAUGAACGUGGAUUGCGGCCAGGUUGCGUACCUUUUUGGUAUUGUCUUGUGACCAUUUGGCCUUUCAGUUUUUUGUUUACUGGUUUCAGCUCCUUGGAGCAAAGUGUGAAAAUGGCCUACACAUAUCAAGCACCUCUGGUUUAGUUUUUAUAAACAUUUAACUUGACCUCAAGUUGUAAGAUAAUUGCACACCCUUUCUGUUUGUGUGAGAGGCAAUACCUUCCUGACAUUUGCUUAUCUUGUAUAGCAUUCAGAUGCACAUAAUUCUAUUUUUAUUAUACCUUCAAGCAAAACUCCUCUCCGAACAAGCCAGCAGCGCGCUUUCUACCCCAACGCAACUUUUCAGAUCAAGGUUUCCAACUGCACAGUAUUGCAAGGAAGAAUAAUCUAAUUUAAUAAGUGAGAAUUCUUAAGACGACAUCUGAAUAUCAUUGACUUUAUUAAGUGAAUAUGUAGAGAAGAACCUGUUUAUUAUUGGAUCUAAUAAGUGAAAUGCAGACAUGGAACGUCGGAUUUCUCGAUGGUUUCUCUAGAAGAAUGUUUUGCCUUGUUACUUUGUUGACCUUGAGCCAAGAAUUGAUAAAUUAAGUAAUUAACUAUU